AUGCUACAGUGACUCCUGAUCACCUCGCCCACUGAGGCCAGCACCUGGGUGAAGCUGCACCAUCCAGAGAAGACGGUGGUGGGGGCGCCCCUGUGGGAGGACGUGACUGAGAUGUUUAAAGAGGAAGCCCUACUAUCUCAUGAUGCUGAUGAGACCCAGGGAUAAAGUUUUGAGGAUGAAGUGACCUCUGGGUCCCUGACAGCAGAAUCCUAGGAACCCUUGACCUUCAAGGACAUAAUUGUGGACUUCACCCAGGAGGAGUGGGGGCAUCUGGCCCCUGCUCGGAAUCUGUACGGGGAGGUGAUGCUGGAGAACUAUGGAAAUCUGGUCUCAGUGGGAUACCAGCUUUCCAAACCUGGUGUGAUUUCCCAGUUAGAGAAAGGAGAAGAGCCAUGUCUGAUGAAGACAGAGGUUUCAGGAGGUCCAAGUCCAGAUUUGGAGGAUGAAACAGAAACCAAAGAGACAACUUUAAAGAAUGACAUUUCAUGGGAAGAAUUACACCAUGCUCUGAUGAUGGAAAGGUUCCUGAGAGGAAGCACCUUGAUUUCCACAUUGGGAAGAAUCUCCAAAUGUCACAAGUUAGAAAAACACCAGGAGAACCAAGGAAUGGGUGAGAGACAAAUCCCCUUGAUCCACAAGAAAAGGCUCACUCAGGAGAGAGGCCAAGAAUCUAACAAAUUUGAGAAAAAUAUUAAUAUAAGCUCAAAAGUUAUAGGACCAGUAGGCCCUCCAGAAAAAAGACACCAUAGAUAUGACAUAUCUGGCAAGAAAAGUAGAUGCAAUUUAGAUUUGAUUAAUCAUUCAAGGAAUUAUACAAGAAUGAAAAUCUUUGAAUGUAAUAUAUGUGAAAAAAUCUUCAAACAGUUCAUUCACCUUACAGAACACAUGAGAAUUCACACCGGAGAGAAACCUUUCAGAUGUAAAGAAUAUGGAAAAGCCUUUAGCCAAAGCUCAUCCCUUAUUCCACAUCAGAGAAUCCAUAUUGGUGAGAAACCCUAUGAGUGUAAGGAAUGUGGGAAAACCUUCAGACAUCCAUCAUCUCUUACUCAACAUGUCAGAAUUCAUACUGGGGAGAAACCCUAUGAAUGUGGUGUAUGUGAGAAAGCAUUUAGCCAAAGCAUUGGACUGAUCCAGCAUCUGAGAACUCAUGUCAGAGAGAAACCUUUUACAUGCAAAGACUGUGGAAAAGCAUUUUUCCAUAUUAGACACCUCAGGCAACAUGAGAUUAUUCAUACUGGUGUGAAACCUAGUGUAUGCAGUAAAACUGUCAGCCACAGCAUAUACCUAACUCAACACAAGAGAAGUCAUACUGGGGAAAGACCAUAUAAAUGUAAGGAAUAUGGAAAAGCUUUUAGCCAGAGAAUACAUAUUUCUAUCCAUCAGAGAGUCCAUACUGGAGUGAAACCUUAUGAAUGCAGUCAUUGCGGGAAAGGCUUUAGGCAUGAUUCAUCCUUUGCUAAACAUCAGAGAAUUCAUACUGGAGAAAAACCAUAUGAUUGUAAUGAAUGUGGAAAAGCCUUCAGCUGUAGUUUAUCACUUAUUUGACACUGCAAAACACACUUAAGAAAUACCUUCAGCAAUGAUGUGUGAAAUAUGUUCAACAUCAAAGAAUCCCCCAGUUGGAGCAAAAGCCUCUAAAUUUGGAUUUUCUGACUUUCAGAUUUCAAGAACGAAUCAUUUUUUUUAAUAGUUUGACCCAAUGUUACAAUUACUAAUUUUGCUGUGUUAAAAAAACAAACUACCUAUUAUCAGCAUUGCUUCAGAAAAGAAAGGGCAUUUUAUUAUUUUAAAAUAUAGGAAGACUGUAAUUAUAGAUAACAGUCUCUUACAUUAAAUUAGUUUUAUGGA